CCACAUCCGGCGGCUGACUCGUCGUGUAUAAAGCCGAGGCCGCCGCAGUCAGCUUCCAGCAGUAGCCCUGGGCUCUUUUCGGCUGCGGGAGCCGCUGCUCCAAUGCCCCACAGCGGCCAUGAGCAUCCCACACUGGUGGGACCAGCUGCGGGCCGGCAGCUCGGAGGUGGAUUGGUGCGAGGACAACUACACCAUCGUGCCUGCCAUCGCCGAGUUCUACAACACGAUCAGCAACGUCUUAUUUUUCGUUUUACCGCCCAUCUGCAUGUGCUUAUUUCGCCAGUACGCAACAUGCUUCAACAGUGGGAUCUACCUAAUAUGGACGCUCUUAGUUGUAGUGGGAAUUGGAUCUGUCUACUUCCAUGCAACCCUAAGUUUCUUGGGUCAGAUGCUCGAUGAACUUGCAAUCCUUUGGGUUCUGAUGUGUGCUCUGGCCAUGUGGUUCCCCAGAAGGUAUCUACCAAAGGUCUUUCGGAAUGACAGGGGCAGGUUCAAGGCGGUGGUCUGCGUCCUUUCUGCUGUCACGACUUGCCUGGCGUUUGUCAAGCCCGCCAUCAACAACAUCUCUCUGAUGACCCUCGGGGUUCCUUGCACUGUGCUGCUCAUUGCAGAGCUAAGAAGGUGUGACAACGUGCGUGUCUUCAAGCUGGGCCUCUUCUCCGGCCUCUGGUGGACCCUGGCGCUCUUCUGCUGGAUCAGUGACCGAGCCUUCUGUGAGCUGCUUUCGUCCUUCCACUUUCCCUACCUGCACUGCGUGUGGCACAUUCUCAUCUGCCUUGCUGCCUACCUGGGCUGUGUAUGCUUUGCCUACUUCGAUGCUGCCUCCGAGAUCCCCGAGCAGGGCCCUGUCAUCAAGUUCUGGCCCAGCGAGAAAUGGGCCUUCAUCGGCGUCCCCUACGUGUCGCUCCUGUGUGCCAGCAAGAAAUCACCGGUCAAGAUCACGUGAUGGCAAGGCAGUGGCUGGCUUCUCUGCUUGUUUUCCCUCCUGCACUGGGCUUCGCUUGCCGGCAAAGACAGCCGGUGGUUUGUAGAGUUGGGGGUAGGGUCUGUCUUCUUAGUAUUCUGUUCCCUUGAGCUCUGACUAGCGUGUCUGUGGCCCACCAGGACUCCAGUGUGCAUGAGGAGGAGGGUCUGCCCCGUUCCCGAGGAUGGAAAGUGCAGAACUGAGGGCCACCAGGUAGAUCUUCUCAGUGUCCCUUUCAGAUGCAGUGACUGGUUGGGCUGAAUCCUUUGUGAUGGCAGAGCAGUCCUUUUGGGGAGCCUCAUUUCCCAGGAGGAGUUUGCUGCAGACCCCACGAUUCCCAUGGGCUCUCAGAGUGGACGCUCUUGCUGACCUACAAACUCUGUGACAGGCAAGACAGGCUGACUGAUGGAAGAUGCCAGGGAUUUUCAUUUGGGAAAACAGUCCUAAAAUAAAAGCAAGCCAAUGAAACCCACACAGGGCUUGUGGCUGAGGAGGCUGCUAGUCCACUCGGAGAUCUCAGUAACUGGAUUUUACAUGUGCUUGUGAAUCCUUUCUCUACUACCUCUGCUGAGUGACGGGGACUUCAGAGGAGGGUGAAGCAGACGGAAAAACCCUCUGUGCCAAAAGCUACACUCCACUUUAAGCCAUUCUUGAAGAUGAGCACAAUUCCUAAAUGUCGACUGUGUUGCCCGCCCCCCCCCCCCCCAGCCCAGUGGCCUCCCAACACACCGAGAAUAGGUGUGGUUGAGCCCUCUGCACAUAGACCCCUGCUCCUUACUGCUGAGCUCUGUAAGGUCAAGGCCUUGGGAUGGUCACGGUGGGGAUCCUCGGAAGUUCUGGAAACUUUUGCUGAUGGGAAGCCUUCUAUCCUGGAAGUCCAGUAUUUCCUGCGGGAGUCCUACUCCAUAGUCUCACAGUACAAGGUGCUUCCUGCUGUUUCUCCGAGCAUCUGACGACUGUUUCUCUCGAGGACUGAGGGGACUACAUGCUGGCUUUUGGGGUUGCUGGUGCAGUGGGCAAGUCUGUUGCCUUCAGAGGUCUUCCUCAGCUCAAAUGACACUGGCUACCACUAACCUCUUCACUGGGCUGAAUGAGGACUCCAGAAUGGUCAUCACGGUGUGUGUGGGGGAAUACAGGGCCUCAGGGAUACUCACUGAAGCUCCGACAUCUCCUGCCUUGCAGCAUUCCAUUGUGAAAGAGCAGGAGGAGGUGCCCUUGUGAGGGCAGGAGUUGUGUCACCAAGGACCGAAGAGUUGGGCAGUACCAGUCCGUGGCAUGUCUGGGAACUCUUGCUUUGAUUAGAAUUUUGUACAGGAUCGAAGGUGAAAAGUCCAAUAAGGAGCAAUGAACCGAGGGUUUAAAAAUGAAUGACAUUGUUCUCCUGUGGUUUUCAAGUUAUUUUUAGCAGAACCCUAUUUACACUAAGAAAUCUUGAGGGAACCCAAAUGUGAGAAAUAUGUUCUAUCCGUUUAGGUUUAUCUGAAGGUUAAACUUAUCUAUUUCUCUAAUAUCAUGCAGUGAAAGUGCAAGUUAAAUUGUGGUUUCCAUGGUAAAAAAUUUGGUGUUGAAGGAGUGUUCUUGUUUAUUAUGGUUUAAAAAUAUACUUUGAAGAAAGGUAUUUAUGUAUUUGUGGGGUUCUAACGCACCUCUGACACCUAGGUGGUUCCAUCCGAGAGUUUUAAAACUGUGGUCUAGAAUUUUUUAAAGGGAAAUAGCAGUCCUCGAUUCAGAUUAAUUUUACCAGGCAUGGAUUCUGGGCUCAUCCAUUCUGCAGUAUAAAAAUGCUCCAAAGUAAGGGGAAGCUUUGAUGUACUUCAGGCCCAGCUGUCUUAGUGUGGAAGCGUGGAUGGGGAGAGGCAGGGGUGUGGGAAGUGUUUGUGUUAUAUGUGAGGUUUAAUUACUGUCUUGAGAGUUCCUCAGUGAUGGGAACAUUGUUCCAGCAGUCAAGGAGGGACUGUGUCUCCCUAUCAGGUAAAGGGGUGGAUCCCUGAGGAACAUCACCUCCAGCUCUCAACUCUUUGACCUUGCUCUUCUGGAAAUUUCUGAGUGUCCUUUGGAAAUAGGGAUACAACAUGACUGCUGGAAAUAAGGAAAUCAGUGCCCCCAACUCACAGAGCUGUUUCCAUCCAUUUUCUACAAGACAAACGAUUUAGUUCAGAUGUCAGAAGGGAUGUUUUUGCUGUUAAACCCAAAAAACAAAAAACCCCCCAAAAACAGAAGGCCCUUCUAGAGAUUGUUUUUAAUGAGCUGAGGGCUGAUAAAGAAGUACGGAAUGGGUCUAUUUGAGGACAAAAACAGAACUCUUGGACAAAAAAAAUCACUCUAGCUUGAUAGUGUGAAGAUGGUAAAUUGAGAAAGUAGGAGUUGAACAAUCUUUUUUGAAGUUAGUCUUAUGGCGUCAUACUUAUAUUUACAUUUAUAUUUAUGAUGCUUUUCUAGCACUAAACACUCUUGAAAGAAAAUUGGAAAACUACAGGAAAGUUGAAGAGAAAAAAAGUCUGCAUUUCUACUGGCCAAGGACAAUCAUUGUUAAUAUUUUGGUAUUUGGUGUAUUUCCUUCUCAUCUUCCCCCUUUCCUCCCACCACAGAGUUGUAAGUAGCUGACUUUUAGAGUGGACAGUUCAUCCGAUUGCUUGAAUGGAUUUUAAAUGCCAGUUGUGUAUUUUUCAUGAAGAGCAGCUUUUGGGACACACGCCGGUUAGAGCUGUACACUUGAGAGCUCAUCACUGGAUUCUGACUUACUGCUGAGUCUUUUUAAAUUGAGCCUGGCAUGAAUGGGUCCUAAGAAAUAAUGAACUGAAUUCUACUUUUCGAGAGGCCUCUGCUCUUGGAUUGACAGGUCAUGGGAAACCGCUGUUAAAAAUAGGGCUCUACAGGUUUUCAGAUUUUAAAAAAGUGAAUAGCUUAUUGUGCAAUCAAGAAUCUUUUUGUUUUUUUGCCCCUAAUAAUGCAGGGACAUGGAGAUUUGAUGUUUGGGAGUUAGUCACAGUGAGGGGCUGCCGUGACCUAUCACAGUUUUAUUCUGCUUAGAUAGAAUUUGCAAGAUCGAGAACCGGCAGGAAUUGGAUCCAAGAUAUUAAACAUUAUUAUCCUAGUUACCAAGCAAUCAUUUAAGUCUGAUUCUUAUUUUACAGUGUUUGAUUGAAUCUUGAUUUUUAGAAAAAAAUCUUUUCUCUUUAUGAUUAUGAUUAUAUUUGUUAGCACUUCAGUGAAUAUAUUUAAGGUGUAGGGGGAAAAGAUACCUGACUCUGGUAACAGGCUACAUUUUGGGGGAAACUAGGCCUGUCCCUCGGAUGGGUGCCUAAAACGUUAUUUGCGGACCCAAGAUGUUCUGUUGGGGGGAAUCUAAGCUUGAUGGUCAUCAAGCACAGACUUUCUGAAAAAUACCGUAACUUGUUCUUUUUAUUGAAUUCUCAGGUGUUUUAAAACUUCUCACCAGUUCAUCACGCUUACGUGAGCCGGCGCCAUGUUGGAGGCUCUGAGAAUGGGAUGGAGUCUCCUUGGCUCUUCAUCCCUGGGGGCUGACACGCAACCAUCUCUGGAGGAUGGGGGAGGGCCGAAGCUUGUCCAACGAGCCCCCCUCUCCUAGCUCCUUUUCCCCAAAUGAGCUUGGAACCUUUCAUUGCCAGCUCUUUGCCUGGGUGCUACCAUUCCAGCUGGCUAAAGAGAAUUGGCAGGCCAGAUCGGGGUUCUCAAUGGAUUUUAAGGACAUUCUCCUACAGAUUUAAAAAAAAAAAAAAAAAAAAAGGACUAAUUGUUUGAAUGGUUUCUUUCUCUCUGUUAAACCAGAUUGAAGACUAUUUUAUAAUCACUGUGUAAUCAGAGCAUAUAUAUUUUCAGAUAUAUCCCUUGUUUUAUACUUUAUAGAGUUGUGCGGUAUAAGGGUGGUGUACCCACUGGCUGUGGUAGCAUUUAGUCUCCAUUGCUUUGGGAGUGAUUUGAAGCCUUUUGAAAUGGAGCUUUUGCACUUUAUGCUAUUUUUGUGAGCUAUGACGGUUAUAUUCGAUAUUAAAGCCGUAAGUGGCAUUGUCUGUGAA